AUAGACAUCUCCCUCCCGCGCCCUUCAAGAAGCAACCAGGAAAUCGCUCUUUUCUCCCGGAUUACUGACACGACUAAAGUUACAAACACGGAAUCGUCAUGAGCUCAAACAGACCAAAUUCAACUGCUGAUGACCAACUCGACCCUGAGGAAGAGAAGCGGUUGGCGGCAGCCGCCCGUGAGGCUAACCGUCUCCCCGAGCUCCGUCUGAUCCUGCUGGGCUGGAGGUGGCCGGGGAAAAGCCUAACCGGCAACACCAUCCUGGGGCGUGAAGAGUUUCGUCUGGAGCGUGCCGCCGAAUUCUCCGUGAAACGCGAAACCGAGGUGGAUCGGCGCAAAGUAACAGUAAUAGACACUCCUGGCUGGUUUUCAGCCCAGACCACACCGACAGACUAUCAGCAGGAGAUGGUCCGAAGUGUAAGUAUGUGCACACCUGGACCCCACGCAUUCCUGCUGGUCAUACCGGUGGGCAUGUUCACCGAAACGGACCGGGCUCGUAUAGAGGAGAAUUUGGCGCUGUUCGGAGAAGACGUGUGGAAGCAAACCUUGGUGGUGUUCACCUGGGCAGAGAUUUUGAAGGACAAGUCCAUAGAAAGGCAUAUACGAAGGGAAGGUCGUGACCUUCAGUGGGUGGUGGACAAGUGUAAGAAGAGGUACCACGUCAUCAAUAACUAUAUUUUUGGCGAGCACCCGCAGCUGCCUCAGCUGAUGGAGAAGGUUGAGAAGAUUGUAGCUGAAGAAGGUGGUUACUUCAUCCUGAAGGCAGAUGAAACCAAAACACAAAGUCAAACUCCGAGUCUGAACACCAAUUCAGUGAAAGAGAACAGGGAGCUUGGCGCUAGACCCAAACAGAACGGCUCCUGCAACUCGCUGCGGGCCAUGGACGUGGAUCCUCCACAGAGUUUGGCUGAAGGAGUGAGUGACUAAUGCUGUGUGAACAGUUCCAGUACUGCUGUAUUCAUUACCUCAAUUCCACUGCACUUAAUAGUGCCUAAAUUAUUAGUCAAAUACCCACAUAUCAGUCCACCAGUCCAAGCAGCUUCAGGUUGUAGGGUUUAUAGUAAGCAAUUGUCCCUGUAGCUUAUUCUUCUCAACCUAGAUAUAUAACGGAUAAGACGCAGCUCAAAUUACUAUCAUCAAAAGACAAAUUUGUGUUAGUAAAUCAGUAGUACAAUACUGAUUAAAAGUAUAUCACUACUAUAGUUACACACUGACUCAUGGGUGACCAUGUCCUUUUAAACUAUUAUAUGUGAUGCUGAGAAAAUUGAGGUACAGUAUUGGUGUCUAGUAGAACAGAAACACUCCACACUCAUAAAUUAUUUGCACUUAAUUGCUUGUAAAGUGCAUCAACGAAUGCACUAAUACAGUUAUCAGAGAUUGGAGUCUAGUCAUUAUAAUAUAGCAUGGGUUAGUUACGUUGGUGACAGUUAUAAUGGAUU